AUGAACUCAGGCCGAGUGUGCAGAGACAGUCGGACAAAAAAGCACAAGGGCGAACAAGCACGUGUUGUCAUUGCUUUGCAUGCAUUUCCUGUGUAUGACCAUGUAUUCCAUGUCCCGAGGGGAGGGACGUGCAAGAUCUGCCUAAGGUCCCUGAGGUGGCUUCGAGAGCAUCCGCCACUUCCUGUUCCCGAAAUCCCAGCACCAGAUGUCACUGCUCUGGCCGCAACUGGAGGCCUGAACGGCUUGAGCAAAGUCGGAGAUCGAAGUGGCGAUCCUCCGCCAGAGGCUUCGGUUUCUCGGCUGGCAUGGUCCGCCGCAGAUGAGUGGCGCAGACUUGCUGAAGUUCGCAGUGAAUUGGAAAGGUGCCGGGAUCAGCUGGCGGAGCAUCAGGCGGUCCUCUUGCACGUGGGUGAUGCCAUCCACACCGAGGUAGAUCGCUUGCAGGAGUGGGAGAGGAAUGUCAAGAUGAGGGAAGACGAGCUAGGCGAUGUUGAGAAGCAACUGGAAGGAAUGCGAUCGGAAAUUCAAAAGCAAUAUCUGACGCAGAAGCGACUUCUUGAGACCAUGUCUGCGAAGGAUGAAGCUCCUGCAAGUCCUCGACAGCUGGCUGCCGCAUCCACGACGCCGCGAAGUUCGGGUCGCACAGGUCUCUCCGCGCUUUCUCCGGGCAGGGAGGUUGGCGACCGUGGUGGAUUCAAAGACGGAGUUGACUCGUCUCCCGCACCGGCAUUACCUUGGGAGACGCGUUCACAGGGGAAGGCGAGUGCAGCGGGACAGCGACAGCCCUUGCAGGCAAGUGCAGAGGAGGAGCUGAUUUCGCUGCAACGGGGCAUAGAGCAGAAGAAGCGUCAACUCCGAGUUCUGGAAGAGGAGGCUGGCAAUGUGGCAAGGCCGCAUUCUGCAGCCGCCAGCGGAACACCGCGAACACCGCGAGCUGUGAAGGGCGAGGCUUCUCCGCAGGAGAGGCUACAUCCGAUGUUGGAGGGUCGCCUCCUGUCUGGGCUAGCGCCGCCACCAGCCCCACCACCAUUGGAUGCUGCACCUCCCCCGGUCUUCGGCGAUGAUGCGGGCCGUGCAAGAAUCAGAAACCCGGCGCAUCCUGGACAAUGCGGAGGAAUGCCAGACCGCGGUUUUCCCACAAGAAGCACGGUGGAGGCUGCUGUGGGUUCAGAUCCUUUGCUGCCGGAGCCGCCCGUCUUUAGCUCUGACACGGCUGGACUCGGCGUCGGCCUUCUUCGAGCGCCUCCACCUCCACCUGCACCACCUCCCAGCAUUGCUUUGGGAGGCAGCCACUCCAGCGGACCCUCUGCGUCCCCGAAAGGAGCAGAUCGAGCGCGCGGCUCGAUGCCGGCAGAUUUCAAGAAGGAGGUAGCUUCUCCGGUCGGAGCGGCUGGCAUGGCGACUACCGAGGAACUCGGUCAGGCCAUGAAGCAGCUGUUCCAUGCCUUUGCCAGUCGAGCCGCGGGGUCCGUGGCCAAGCCUGGGGGCGGCCGUGCCGGGCGUGUCGCACUGGGCCUCCAGGUGGUGCUGAGGGGUGUCAGUGCCCUUGGAAUCGGUUCUAUGAACACCAUAGCCGUUGCGACUGUACGCUUUCUUCAGGCUCGCAGUAUCUAG